AUGAACAAGCGUGGAGCAAGCGAGAAACGAGAAGGACGAUACGAGCUGUAUGUAAUUCGAUUCCUUUAGCAGCGCCACGGCAACCUUGAAGAUCCAGCGACCACGCUGCCCACCUGCUGUCCGCACUAUCCACCAGGAUCCACGUUGCUGGAGUGUCGCUUCGAAGGUGAUCAACCUGUGGCACAUGUUGUCCAGAUACCUGACGAGCGGUCUACAACCACCCAGAAGACCUGCCUCCUCGUCGAGACGAAAGCCUCGAAAUUUGGACCGUCGGCCAGGAUCGUGUCUUACCCCCAAGACGAUUCGACCAAGUCCGACCAACCGUGCUCCGACUCGUCUUCGAAGCAUCCGAUGACCUAUUGCCUGGAAUCCCGCGAAUGUUCAGAGGGGCCAAUAGCCAGAGCCGUGUUGGUCUCCACGGAGAAUUCCUCGGACACGGUGACGACGUUGCACAUCAAGAAAGGGGACGAACAGCCGGAGCAACCCUGCUCGAAGAUCAUGUACGGUCCAACGAUCGACAAGACGGAGGAGGCCGUCCGUAGCGCGAAGAAAGAUCGCGAGGACCCGAAGGUGUCGUUCUUCGGCUGCGCCGCGUCCAAGAAGCAAGCCACGGCCCGGAUCACCAGGUGCUCGCGUAACGACAAAAACGUCGGAGCGAAGAAGUGUUUCGAGACGCGAGCGCCACGGAACAGCGACUGCCCCACGGCGGUGGGCUUCGUCUGUCCACCGGAGAGGUCGAGACCGUGCCAGCACAGCGUCGUCGAGGCGAAGAUCGACGAGCACGGGCCGGAAACACGGAUGAUCAGUUUCGCUGAAGACGACGAUUACUACGGUUACACGGAGUCGAAAGCCUGCGAGGGAGGACCGUCGGCCAAGAUAACGCAUCAGCCAGUUAUCGACCCUGUUACCAGGAGGGACCUGGACUAUUUCCAGGCGAGAUCAGGUCUCGAUCAGGUGACUUGUCCGAGCCGAGAGAAGGAUUCGAAAGAGAAGCCUGCCGAGAAAAGGGAGCAGAAACGCGGUGAGUUGCCGCCGCCGCCGCCGCCGCCGGUGAAACGUAGAAACGGUCUUGACGAGAGCUCGAGAACUUCGAAAAGCCCCGGCGAGGGCACGAGAGGACGCGUCUGUCCCGCUUAUUGCUGUCAACCAGUGCCAAAGCCCAAGUCGUGCUCGGCAGCCAACGUUGAUCCAAAAUGUCGGUCAGCGAGUCCCCCUUGCGAGUCCAAGCCAGCGGAGAAACCAAAAUCGUGCGACGACGUCGAGAAGCGAAAGCUUACGGAUAAAACGAAGCUUGCCGAAACUUGUAGACGACGCGUGGACGACGUUGACGCGAAGGAUUGCACGAGGUCGAGCGAGGACGUUCCGCGAAUCACGUCGGAGGAGUUGCUGACUCGAUACAGAGAGUACAUGCCGGCCAACACGUUGAAUCGUUACGAGGCGUGUCGCUCGAAGAGGAACGGUCUUCAGGAUCAGUGCCGUUUGCCCGUUCCGCGCAUUGUGCUCGAAUUGAAGAGGAAAGAGACGCAGUGUCGCGAGUAA